UUAUUUAUUUUUAUUUUUUAUUUUUUAUAUAUAACCUACGAUUGAAUGAAAAAGAUUGUAGACAGAAUUUUUUGACAUGGUAUCAAAGUCAAACGAGUUCUGACUUCCUGUAUUACAACCCUAACUAUACCUCCGUUCAUGGCGGACUCUAAUGAUCCGAACUCCUCUGGCGGCACGUCCAAUCUCUCUGACUCUAUCCUUGAAUUGACUACAAGGAUGACCGAGGUUUUGAACAGCGCUCGGACCCCGACCAUCACCACUGAAACAUCCGCUGCUCCGAUCGGCAUUAAGUUGGAUGGUUCCAACUAUGCACUGUGGUCCCAGGUUGUCGAGAUGUAUAUCUCUGGCAAGGACAAACUGGGGUACAUUAACGACGACUUUCCCCAGCCGCUACCAACUGAUCCCUCCUUUCGCAAGUGGCGCACCGAUAACGCCAUUGUUAAAGGAUAUUCUCACCAAGGAGAUAAUUGGACGUGGUACUAAGAGGGGGGGAUUAUAUUAUGUGGAAGACAUCAGUAUCGGCCAAGCCAAUAACAUGAACCAUCCACAUGCUGAUAAAGAGACACUACUUUGGUUGUGGCAUCGACGCUUGGGACACCCUUCUUUUCCUUAUUUGAAGCAUGUUUUUCCUGAUCUGUUUAAGCAUUUACAGGCCUCUGAUUUGAAAUGUGACACUUGUAUUUUGGCUAAGAACCAUCGCGCUACUUAUCCAUUAAGCAUGACUAAAAGUAACACUCCAUUUACGUUGAUUCACUC